AUGGUAUGUAUGCAUUUAUGGCAACAAUGAUGAUGAGUUUAUGGUCUUAACUGUGUCAAGAAUGAAAAUAACCUGAAUGUACUUAGCACCACACACGGCCUACUUGGGAUGCAACUGAACAGAAUAAUCACUGACGUGAUUGUUCUAAAACAUGAUUAGAUUUGUUUUCGCUUGUUCUUGUCUGAAUCGUAACGUUUCGAACCGACCUCAAACAGUUUGAAAUCUGGAGCCCAGACAACAUUUCCUUCAAUUCAUCAAACGGCCCGACACGUUACGUGUGAUUUCUACGUUUUAAUCAGUUCGGUAGGUAAAUCAUUCGAUCUACUUGUAAGUUGCCGUCGUUUUCAAUGGAUCAUUUGAAGAUAAGAGUACAGAGGCUCUGUUAAGGUUUAUAGCUCUGAUAACUGCUAAGCAAGUUGCCAACGCCAGUGUGUGUUAUUGUUAUGACCUAUUAGCAACCUUACUAAAUCAGAGGUAUCACAAGGUGCACCACGAUUUUCGCCAUGGCCAUGAUGAAACUUACACCGCCGUUCUUUCUCUUGUUUCCGUGGUUUGUCUUCGCUUCAGCUACAAUCGAUCUCGAUAUUGCUGACCUGUACAGAUGCUCGUUUGACGCUAAUGUCUGUGGCUGGACCAUAGAAGGUCCGGUCUACCACGGAGGACCAGCUGGAUGUGAUCACGGCUGGCCGAAUGAUGCACUACAUGGUGCUACUGCUUCCGGUCAGUACGUGUGCUUCUAUAUGGAGAUCCUGCCCUCCCAGUAUCCAGGUCUAGGCCGAGCCCGGCUCAUCAGUCCAACCAUCAAUGUUACUCAGCACGUGGUGUUGGGUUUCUCUGUUGGCACCGUGAGUCCGCCGACCUCCACAUACCUCAGAGUCCUCCUGGUGAACGAGACCGGUACCAAUGGUACGGAAACUCUGCUGUGUUCGACCUCUGACCUCCUGUAUCCAUUCCAGCGAAUAUACGUCGGGAUUGUACAGCCUGGACCUUACAGGAUUGUGAUUGAAGGUAUUCCCGAUCCUCCCUUCUAUCCGAACUUUGGUAUUGACGAAUUGGCACUGGCAGUCGUUGAAAAUGCUACUGCAAACGUGGGCGCACAAACGACUACAUGUUCCACUGAGCUGGUCACCACACCCCGUAUGACAACUCGGCAAUACAACACCACACUCCCUAUGACCAGUGGUCAAGAUGACACUACAAUGCCCUUGGUUGUUAGUCAGGAUACGACAACACUUUCUAGUAGUCAGGAGACGACCAAACAGCCCAUGACGAGUAGCCACUAUACGACCAUACUACCCGAGACAAGCAGUCAAGGGACGCCCUAUGACCCAAGGCCAAUGACCAGUAGUCAUGAUAGGACAACCUUUUCCGAGACUAGUAGUCAGGACACGUCCACGUUGCCUCUGACCAUCGGUAAAAAUACGGCCACUGUUCGCACGACCAGUAUUCAAGAAGCGGAAACAGGAUGCACAUGUCCAGCGGUGGUUACUGAAUGUCCACGCCAGGUCACUACCUCACCCGAAAGAAGCCCUGCGAUUGGUCCAUCUUCACCGGGUGUAGACCCCGCAGUGUGUGCAGGAAUCGCCAUCACUGCUGCUGCUGUGGGAGUUGUGGUUGGAAUUCUGGCAACGCUUCUAGUGCAGCAUCUUCGGAACAUGAAAGAAGUGUCGGAGGUAUACGAAGAUGUGGUCAACAGUACACCAAACCCAGGUCCUCAGCAGUCUCCAUCAAAUCCACUGUACGACAUCCCCAUGGAUAGCCUGCCUGCACGCCCAGAGUCAGAGACUGUUUAUCAGGAGUUGAGGCCACCAGUGUAUGAACAUCUAAGGAAAAACUGAGAAGACAGUGCUCGGAAUUUGACAAUAACUACAACAAUGUAUGGCUAUGUUGAUAUACUGUAUAAAACUGUUUGAGUUUAACCUUUUUAUUGU